CUUUCUCUUUCUUUCCUAUAUGCAUAAAUUGAGCCAGCCUCCUGGUAACUCUUCCUGAGCUACCAGCAGAGUCAGAUUUUUAAUUUGCAGUUAAAUGGCGCUCGACACAUGCAGCUUGGUUGAUAAUUGACUUCACUCAGCUGAAGGGAGGGAUGAUUAGGUCAGAAUAUCUUAUAAUUUUCUUCAAAGGAAGGAGGGAGUGGAACUGGUGGCACUCCUAUCAGGAUGUAAUGUUGACUAUACUUAAAGGAAAAGUCAGUGACUCUCUAAACAGUAGUACCGGACAGACUCCUGCAGCAACUAAGAGCGUGAAGCGCGAGGCUAAACUUCUCUGCUGUUGUCUGGCAGCUAUCACGUUGUUGCAGCAUAGUGUCAACUACCCGUUUACAUUGUGUUAGUGCAUCUUCUUGCAUCGCGCUGCAAUAGUCUCAGUUCUUCCUGAUGCUUGUGGUAACCUGCAGAUACAUUGUGUGAGUGUUUUAGAGGACGUACGGGAGGAACAAAAGCAGUAAUGUAGUGGAGCAGACCGCCCGGUCUAGGCCUAGUGUACACAUACUGGAGAAGCAGGGGUUGUAAACGAGUGAGAUCAUUCCAUCUAGUCUUAAUGCAUGAUUUUGUGCAGACCAACAAGUGGUGUAGUUGGAAGCGGCUCUCGUGGCAUGACUACUACAAACAAGGGAAACAAAGCCUUGAAGGUGAAGAAGGAGCCAGGGGAGAAUGGGACCAGCCUCACGGACGACGAACUGGUGACCAUGUCUGUCCGGGAGCUCAACGCUCACCUCCGCGGCCUCACCAAGGACGAAAUCCUGCAGCUCAAGCAGCGGCGGCGCACCCUGAAGAACCGUGGCUACGCCGCCAGCUGCCGCGUCAAGCGGGUCACCCAGAAGGAGGAGCUAGAGAAGCAGAAGACGGCGCUGCAGCUGGAGGUGGACAAGCUGGCCACAGAGAACGCCACCAUGAAGGUGGAACUGGACUCGCUGCGCUCCAAGUACGAGGCCCUGCAGAGCUUCGCCAGGACUGUGGCGCGCAGCCCGGCCGUAGCCUUCACCCCAGGGGGUCGGGGGGUCAUGGGGCCCCUGGUCCCUGGGAAGGUGGCCACGGCCACCAGCGUCAUCACCAUCAUCAAGUCCAAGACGGGAGCCAGGUCGUAGUAUCGGGGCUGGGUGGCGUGGAGAGUUAUCAGACUAAUGAAGCAACGUGUACUAUAGUCAGUGUAUCAUCACGGAGCACAGGAUUAGUUCCCUUGUCUGUCUUUUGGGCCAGAACACACAACACAACCCCCCCCAGACCUUUGUACCAGCUAGUAACACUCUUUCAAUUGGCCAGCAGCAGAGGCCACAUCAACCCUUAUCAGACAGCCUUUAGUAGGAUAAACCAUACUUCCAUUCUGCCUUGGCACUGUACAAGCAGAAAUACAUACACCAGAGAAGGCUUGUCGGAGGAGCUAUAGGAGGACGGGCUCAUUGUAAUGACUGGAAUGGAAUAGAUGGAAACCACAUGUUUGACUCUGUUUCAUGAAUUCCAUUCCAGCCAUUACAAUGAGCCUUCGCUGGACUAUACACAUCCUCUAUAGUGUAUUUUCACAUACUGGAUUCCAAAAGGUUAAACGUCACGUGAGUCCAGGAAGGUCGUACGACACAGCCCAAUCCAUAAUUGAUGUCACUCCAUUUGGUGUUGGAAGUCGAGCUGUCGAUUGAUUUGUGUGUUUUUGUACAUGGUACUAAGUGUUUGAGUGUUUGUUUGUUUCCUCCAGAUGGCCCUUUGAGUCUUUUCCGUCCCGACACGGGAUUUUGAUGUGGAAAUGCACUCUUUCAUAACUACUAGCCACCAACAGUCUAGCCACACCCGGUUGGCAUUAUGCGUCAAGUUCUUAGCCCUCUGUCCGUAACACAAGUGGAGAAAGAGUGAUUGCACUUAGCAACAAGCCUGGGCCUGUUAGAAUGCACUGACCACUAUGAGAAGAGGGAAAUGCGCUGUAUGUUAUUGAUGUAUUGUGAGCAACCUUCAGUAAGGACUAGUAACUCAACCAUCAGACCAGUUCAUGUGAUUUUAGUUGGUAACAGAAUUUCCUGUUUAGUUUUGUUUAAGUUGAGCAUUUAUUUAGGUUCAGUUCAGCCUGUCACAAAAUUCUACCAACAGGAGAUGCAAUAAUACACACAUGCACUGAAAAAUAGGAAAUGUCUCUUACAUAGUUUCAUGUAAGUGAAAUGAGUCAAUCUGAUCAGCAAAAUAAUACCAUAGCCUACUUGGUAUGGGAUGAUGAUGAUGAUGAUGAUAAUAAUAGCUGUGAUGUUAGAGUUGACAAUGCCAUUCCAGGAUUACAAGAUUGUUUCUUUCUCCAGUAUCUGAGAACCAGAAUGUUUUCACAAGAUCUUGUGAUGAUUAUGCUUUGGGGGGACAAUAUUUUUUAUCCUCAAAACAUUUUAAAACUCAAUUUGUGCUCCAUGGAGUAAAUAAGUUGAUACUGUUUUGUAGCUAGUUUUUUUGUGCGUAUGUAAUAACAUGAACUGGCUGGUCACAUAUUCCAAAAUAAUAUUCACACAACAAGCUUUACUGUUUAAUUGUCAACGUGUGUGUAUUCUAGAAGUCGUUGACUUAGAGCUCUUGAUUUGUAUUGAUGCAUAGACGAGCAUCUGGCAUUGUUUAUAGAAACACUGGAAAAGAAAACUUCAAACAAAAAAACCUGUGAUAUCCUUUUUGCAAUUGUACCAAAAGUGGCUUACUAUUGAAGGCUGGUAGCUUUUUCUAGUGACUAGGCGCGUACUGUGUGGGGUAGCGCGUGACGUGAUGUGUAUAAGUGACAGUUGGCAGUGUUGUUCACUGUAUAGAUGUCAUGCUGUGGUAUUUUCUAUAGGAAUCUGUAAUAGAGAUAAUAUAGCUGGUGUAAACAUCAUCUAUUGUCUUCAUCCAUAUUGGCAUCUGUGAUAUCUCUUCCACUAGCUGUGAUUCACAAAUGUUUUUGUCAUUGCAUCGUUAUUACUGUCAACGUUAUUACUGUCGACCGAGCAGGCAUAGGUAGGGUAAGAUAAUGCUAAGGUAAUGCCCUUGGUUCAUUUUUAUGGGGUAAGAUAAUGCCCUUGGUUCAUUUUGAAUCCCAGUUAAGUGACCCUCCUCACCUCUCUUUGGUUUCAAUUCUAGUGGGACAUCACCUCUGAUUUAGAUUCAACUUUUAUUUUCUUAUCCAUUUACCAAAGGGGACUACUUGCAAUUUGCAAAGGGAUAAUAGCCUCACAAUUAAAUCUUUCUAAGACUAAGCAAAAUCGAAAUAUUUGACUCUCUCUUACCAUAUAUCCAAGCAUUGUAAAAGUUCUCCUUGAAGAAAUAACUUAUCAUUCUAACUAUGAGAAGGGAGGCUCAGCAUGCAGCUUUAUACAGGUGACUAACAACAGGUCAUCUCCUGACUGUCAGGUUGUGUUCAUGGUUUGUGUGAGGGUAAACAUGCACUAACCUCCAGCUUGUUCUGCUCAGGAGAAAACAAGGUUGCCCUAAAAAUAAACCAUUACAGCUCUGAGAAGAAGCUGUUGGGGAUGGCACUUAUGUUGAUAGUUGCUCAUUGAAAAUUUUUCUAAAAGGGCUUUUUGUUCAGACACCAAAUGAAGAUGUGGGAAGAUGAACCUGCUGCCAGUAAUGCUGCUUACGUGCCAAGUGUCAACCCUGUCUUCUGAUCCUUUAAGAGGGGUUAAAGGAAGCAGUUGUACCUUAAAAGGUGACAGUAUCUUUGUAAUGACAUUAAGGGAUAUGUUUGGUAUUUUACAACUUCAUGUCAGAUGGUUCCUUGCCCUAAAUAUAGUCUAUAUGAGCCUGGAGAAACUGUAUUCCAUGGUUGAAAUUUCUUUAAACAGCCAAUAUAAACUUCAGCUAACUUUAUCCUCUGUCAGCUAAAAAUCAAUGGGAGUGAUGGGGGCAAAUGUUCAAAAAAUGAUGCCAAAUCACCUUUAAGUAAUGUAAAACCCAAUCAUUCCAGUUUCUCCUGGCUCAUAGACUUCUAUCAGGGUCAGGAUACCACUAGCAUUAAGUUGUGAGUUACUGAACGUAUCCUUUUAAAACAGAGCAGCUGAGAGGAAGAGGUUAGGAAGCAGAGAGCUGGAUGUGUCCAAAUUAUCCACGAUCCAGACUGUUAGCCUAUAGCUAGAAUAGUCAAGGAAGGCAGGAGGAACCCAGAGCACAUGAAGUUGUAUGGUAGGUAGACCUGAACAGGAGAGAAUAGGUCUGCAUUCCAUUGUCUAAUAUGCUAUUCCCCACACCUCUGAGCUCACAUCAGAUCAGGGGGCAUCUGAAAUGGACACUUCCGUGCAUUAUCAAAAGCAGUGCACUAAAUAGGGAAUAGGGUGCCAUCAGACACAGCCCUAGUAUAUAGUGUAUGUACGCUAAAACAUCCUCACUAUGUCUUCUGAACACACUUAGAUAUUUCCAUUGACUGGAAGAUAAUCCAUGGAUAUAUAUGACUUUUGACAUUCCCCAGUAUGGGUGUUGUCGUUCUUGUUGCUGUGGCAGUCUUGUGGAGUGAACCUUAAUGUGUCUUUACAAUGUUAAAAAGGCAUCCUGACCUAUGACCUGUCUCGCAUACGUACAGUGAGCACCAUAAUUCAUUGGACAGUGACCAUUUUUUUGUUAUUUUGGUUCUGUACUCUAGCACUUUGAGUUUGAAAGGAUAUGAUGACAAUGAGGGUGAAGUGCAGACUGUUAGCUUUAAUUUGAGGGUAUUUUCAUACAUAUCGGAUGAACUGUUUAGAAAUUAUAGAAGCUUUUGUACAUAGUCAACCCCAUUUUCGGGCAUCAAAAAACAUUAGACAGUUUAACAUAAUGUAGAAUAAAGUAAUCAUUGUUAAUAUUUGGUCACAUAUCCUUUGUAUGCAAUGACUGUUUGAAGUCUGCGAUGCAUCGACAUCACCAGACGCUGGGUAUCUUCCCUGGUGAUGCUCUGCCAGGCCUGUACUGUAGCCAUCUUCAGUCUGCGAUACAUCGACAUCACCAGACACUGGGUAUCUUCCCUGGUGAUGCUCUGCCAGGCCUGUACUGCAGCCAUCUUCAGUUCCUGCUUGUUUCGGGUACUUAUUGCCUUCAGUCUCCUCUUCAGCAUGUUAAAUGCAUAUUCAAUUGGAUUCAGAUGCGGUGAUUUACUCGGCCAGUCAAGGAUUUUCCACUUUUUGGCCAUCAAAAACCCCUUCGUUGCUCUAGCAGUAUGUUUAGGGUCAUUGUCUUGUUGCAUGAUGAAGUGCCGUCCAAUGAGUUUGGAGGCAUUUGGUUUUAUCUGAGCAGAUAAAAUAUUUCUGUAGACUUCAGAAUUCAUUGUUCUACUUCUGUCUGCAGUCACAUCGUCGAUGAAGACAAGUGAGCCUGUUCCACUGGCAGCCAUACAGGCCCAAGCCAUAACACCCCCUCCACCAUGUUUCACGGAUGAGGUGGUAUACUUUGGAUCAUGGGCAUGUCUUUUUUUUCUCACACUUUCCUCUUUCCAUCACUCUGGUACAUGUUAAUCUUUGUCUCAUCUGUCCACAAUACUUUUUUUCCAGAACUCUUGGGGCUCUUUUAGGUGCUUUUUAGCAAACUGUAAUCUCGCCUUUCUGUUCUUCAGGCUUAUCAGUGGUUUGCAUCUUGUAGUGUACCCUCUGUAGUCCUGCUGGUGUAGUCUUCUACGUAUGGUAGACUUUGACACAUCUACACCUACUUCCAGGAGAGUGUUUUUGAUCUGUUGGGCUGUUGUCAGGGGUGAUUUCUUCACCAUAGAGUAUUCUCCGGUCAUCCACUACAGUGGUCGUCCUCAGUCUACCGGGUCUUUUGACAUAAUUGAGUUCACCGGUUGUUUUUUGUCUUGUUAAUGAUGAACCAAACUGUUGACUUGGGCAUGCCCAGGGUUUUUGCAAUGUUGAUAAUUGAUUGAUUUUCAUUUCUGAGCCUUAUGACGGCCAGCUUCAUUUGCAUCUAUACUGCUGUCUUCCUCAUGUUGUCACACCCCAACAACAACCUCCAAAAGCAAUAGCAAAGUGUAGAAUCAAUGCUAUUCAUCAACAGCUCUCCUGCAUUCACUAAUGACACAAAUAAAUACACCUGCCUAACAGCACACAUCUGUGAAGCCAAUUCAACAAAUACUUGUAGUACCUUAAAAUGGGGGGACCAUGUACAAAAGGUGCUGUCAUUUCUAAACGAUUAAUCCGAUAUGUAUGAAAAUACACUCAAAUUAAAGCUAAAAGUCUGCACUUCACCCUCAUUGUCAUUGUUUCCUUUCAAACACAAAGUGCUAGAGUACAGAACCAAAAUAACAAAAAAUGGUCACUGUCCAAUGAAUUAUGGUGCUCACUGUACAUGUAUCUCUUCUGGAGAGGGAAUAACACACACACACACACACACACACACACACACACACACACACACACUAAGGUGUAUAGUAGGUAGGUAGUGUUGACCGUCGUGAAAAAGUGACCCUUAUACAUAUGCAAACUCAGUGGACAGGCUUGAGAGUAAAGCUAGAAGAGUAGUCUAUAUUGUUGUAAUAGUGACACGUGACUGUGGUCUAAUGAUUUUUUUACCAACAGCUCCUGUGUUUUGGAUUGGAAUUCUUUGAAGGUUUUUGUGGCGUUGUUGUUCUUUUACCCCACACACACCAAACUGCAGUUGGCCCUUAGUUUAUGUUGGUGAAGGAGAUGAAAACCAUGGGAACUGCUAGAGGGUACAACUGUUCAGAUAGAAAUAUAUUGUGUAGAACAGAUAUGAUUACCUGUCAUGAUAGAAUUGGGAAUUGUGUCAGAUCCAUUCAUUUAUAUUUUUAUCUGCAACGUUGUUGAGCGUUCCACCCUCACUGGACACACCCCAGAUGUUCACUCACUGUAAUGCCUGUCUAAAGGGAUUCUAGUCUAGGGGAAGUAGCCCAACGCCUGACUAAACCCUUCUCAAGCAGUAGACUUCCCCUGACCAAAACCCCUAAACCCGAAGACUAUGGAGUGAUAUUAGAACCAGCAGAAACUGAAUAUGUAUUCACAAAUUGAAUUUCUGUUGUCACAAAUAUCACUCCAUAGAUUAGAAGACUGGUAUUACCUGUCCUAAAGACUAAACCUACAGAUAUUCUACAUUAUACAGUCUAUAGAUGUGUGAUUAUACAAUCUGUAAAACAGGGCUGAAGUUAAGUCCUGAAGUAGAAGACGUGACCAGGAACACAAUCCUGAGUAACAUAAGGGCCACUUGCAAUUUCUGUUGUCAUUUGUGGUUUGGUUAGUUUGGUUCCUACCAUGCUGCUAAUUCAAUCAUUACUGCUCAUUGUCUCCUGAAAGUCCAUUUGUUUGUCUUUGUUUGUUGAACGUGUAUCUGAUAUUGAUCUUAACACUGGAAUUAAUUUGUUCUGCAGCUGAUCUCAUUUUUACUUGGUUAUGGCUUUUUGUUUAAAAGCGAGUUGUAUUGGAGAGGAUGAAGAACUUCUCAGCACUUGUGUGACGGUUUGCUAGCUCUAGUAGAGAUAUGUAGGCUUUUUUGAAUCAAAUGAUGCUUGGUGAACAUUUGACUGUGCAGGUAUUUCUCACUCGAGUAUAGGUCUAUGUUUCAAAGGUAUUAAGUCUGAAAAUAAAGCUGUUGGAAGUGUCUGAAUGGUAUAUAAAGUUAUUAUUAAUCUGUUUUUGUUAUUUUUCUGUAUGGGUUGUAAUAAGAUAUUGCAGUACUUUGUAUGGAAAACAGAAUAGUUAAUUGUAACUAUUUGUAAAUUAUUGUACUUUUUUGCAAUCUGUAGAUAAGUAAUAUGAUGUAUUCAUAUAUAAUGACUGUGGUUUUAACCGUGGUUCUCUGAAAUGUCUAAGUUAUUGAUGUGUGUGUAUAUAUAGUAUGUUUGUUGAUACAGCUUACUUUAUUUUCUAUAUGACCAAUAAAAAGGUUUUGAAAAGGA